CUAUAGUCAGUCCCUUUGCCAUCAUUUAUUUGCACAACUAAAGUCCAACCAUCAUCACUAAACACAUAGCACACUUCCACAGUUACAUCCAUCACCAGUAAGCAAGUCCUCCUUGCAUAGCAACUACUGUUGUGAGCAGAUCAAUGCUAAGAAAGACAAGUGCCUAAAUAUCCAAGAAAAGCAUCCAUGGACAGUCCAUCCACAAGUUCCAUCAUCUUGCAUGCAGUCUACAGUCCCCCACGUACAGAGGAGAAAGAAAGCACCCAUGACAUGCAUCCCAACUGUGAGAAGCCACCCAACAAAGAGGCAAAGCGAAAAAGAAGACUCACUUUCAUUAAAGAAGGAAGCUGCAGAGCUGAAACUGCUCGAUUCCUCCCUUCUCUGCAACCACCUCCUGCCGUCGUUUCCAUGUGAUUCCUGUUGUUGUCAUUGUUGUUGGUGUCAAAUCCUCUCUCUCUCUCUCUCUCUCUCUCUCUCUAAGGUUUUGGAGUGGUGACCAAGCAAGCUCAGUGGACCAGCUUGGUGAUGCCAAAUGUGGCCAAACAAGGGUGCCCCUCGGACAAUGGGGAGUCCCUUCGAAGAGAGGCAACUGCUGUACUGUUGCUGUGAGCAAUGAUGUCGCAGACAAGGUGGGAAGAAGGGAACAGGGAAGCAUGAUGGAAGACUGUGGAGAGAGGGAAUUCUACUUCUAGUAUGGAUGGUCAGAGUGAGGACAGCCCCACAAAUCAAGGAUGAUGAGGAAGAAAAAGAAAAGGAAUCAAAUUCUGGGCAAUGUGUAGCUGCUGAAGAAAGAUUUCGAAGCAGAUGGUAGAACUUCCAAUUUGACGACUUUGACGCUGGAUGAUCUCCAUUGACUUGCCUACAGCAAAGAUUCACAGAUCGUUUCCCUCUCUGUCUUCUUAUCUGUACACCCCCUUUUACCUCGUAAAUCUCAGUAAGAGUAGAGUGCAGUAAAAGCAGACUGUUAGAUCUCUCUCUCUCUCUCUCUCUCUCUCUCUCUCUGUAUUAGAAUCCCCUCGCCAGAAUCAUCGGCAAGAAAGUCUAGUGCUCCUCUUCCCUUCUGAUCCAUCUCUCUUCACCUCCUACUUUCCAUUGGAGCUCCAAAAAUCGCACCUUUUCCAUCUCUCUCAUGGAUCGCAAGAGCUGUGCCAAGUUGCCACGGGACGUCCCCAAGUUCCAGCAGACCCUGUGCCUCCCUCAGGGAGAUAAGAAAGAACCCACCACAGCUGCGGACUCUGUGGCAUCUGCUGAAAGGAGAGACCUUUUACCUUCCGCAGCCUUGGGUGGUAGAGAGUUACAAGUGGCCGCAGCGAGAGAGAAGGAUGAGCAAAGGCGCCAGCUUGCGCCCAGGAGGAGCUCCAACAAGGACCGGCACACCAAAGUCGACGGCAGGGGGAGAAGGAUCAGGAUGCCCGCCCUCUGCGCCGCCAGGAUCUUUCAGCUCACCCGUGAAUUGGGCCACAAGUCGGACGGGGAGACCGUCCAGUGGCUCCUCCAGCAAGCGGAGCCCUCCAUCAUCGCCGCCACCGGCACGGGCACUAUCCCGGCGUCCGCCCUCGCCGCUGCGUCCACCGGCGCCGCGUACUCCCACCUGGGCGCCAGCGUCCCUGCGGGACUCCACCAGAAGCUCGAUGAAAUGGGACAGAGAGCGGCCGCCGCCGUACAACCCAACUGGGCCGCGGUCGGGGCUGCCGGCCUGCCUCGGUCGCACCCGGGCUUGUGGCCGACGCCGGUGUGUGGGUUCGAUUCCGGAUUCAUGCGUCCGUCAGCGGCAGCCUCAUCGAGCUCGAACAACGUCGGGGCAGGAGGCGGCGACGCUUCCAUAGGCAGUUUCGUGCAGAGGACGGGGCUGCAUGGGCUGGAAUUGCCAGGCUCCAACCUCAGCGCGAUGAGCUUCGCCUCCAUGCUCGGCGGGCAUGGGCAGCAGCUGCCGGGGCUGGAGCUCGGGCUCUCGCAAGAUGGGCGUAUCGGGGUAUGGAAUCUAGAGGCCAUGGGCCAGAUAUAUCAGCAGAUGGAACCAGGGAGGUUGGUGGUAGGCGCUAAUGGUGCCGGGCAAUGGCAACAGCAGCAGACUCAUCAGUCAGAUGAUUCAUCACAGGGAUCAGAACAGUAGAAGGAAGAAUUCUGGAGGACAGUAUGCAGGAAUUCACAGUACACAGCUUAACUAAGUAUUCUUACUUUGCUUGCUAGUUUUUGUUCUUGCAUGCAACUUUAAGUAGAAACCAGAGAAAGAGAGAGAGACAAGAAGUCACUGAUUCAAUCUUUCUCCACAUCCUUCCUUCCUCUGCAAACCCAGCUAUGGUCAGUCAUCAAGCCAGGUACCUUAAAACACUCUGAUCUAUAUGCAUGGAAUAAUAAUAAUAAUAAUAAUAAUAAUAAUAAUAAUAAUAAUAAUAAUACAUUGCCACUGUUGGAUUUUACUGAUGUGUUGCUGCAUGUAGGUGUAUGAUACCAGAGCUGAAUAGGUCAGCAAUGAGACUUAAGCUAUUUUGUUCAUCUUGAGGUGUGUAGAUAAAAAGAGUUUUGGCCAUAUAGGAUUGUUUUUGUUGUGAGGUACUGAUGAUGGAUGUAUUUGUGUCUUACAUAAAUUGAUAGCAUAGUGUCUCCUAUGCUUCUCAUUAAGAAUCCUGAGUUAGCUUUAUCAAGUAUUUUUGAAUUCCUAAAAUCAGUUUAUUUGUUAGAUAAAUAAUUCAAAUAUGUAAAGUCUUCCAUACAAAGAAAAAUAAAAUAAAAUAAAAUAUAAGAAAAAAAUUCUUUAAAGAAUGUAUAAGGAACCUUGAAUUCAGGUUUAACCGGAGGGAACUCCCUAGCAAAUUUAUAUCAUGUGUCGGUACACGAGAUACCAUAAUUUACGAUAAGAAUGAUACUGACAACCUAAAGCAAGUGGUCCGCUAACAUAUCAUGUGUCGGUACACGAGAUAUCAUAAUUUGCCCAUAUCAUGUGUCGGUACACGAGAUACCCUAAUUUGUGAUCCAUGAUACUGACAUAGGUAAACCUAUACCGGUCUUAAAUUGACCAACAUAUCUAAUAUUCAAAACCUUGAAUAUUAAAUGUGUCUGUUGAGCAGUAUCAAGCAACUAAAUGAAGUCAGUCAAAGCAUGAAUUGUGGAACAUGUCAAGAAUGUAAAGGAGUGAUUUGUUUUAUGUGAAAAUAUUUAUGUUCUAUGUAAACAUAAUGCAUCCAAAGAU